AUCUCUCUCUCACGCAGGGAUGGGGGCGGAGGCGAACGCGGCAGAGCAGACUCCAGUGGAAACGACACCGGAGAACGUCGAGGCCUUGCUUGAGGCUGCCAGAUAUGACGAUAUUGAUGAUGUCCCGAACUUAGCUUCUGCUGGCAUUUCUCUUGAUUCCAAGGAUUCACAGGGCCGAACAGCACUUCAUAUGGCUUCGGCAAAUGGGCAUCUUGACAUUGUGGACUAUCUUCUCAGCAAUGGAGUGGACGUUAAUGCAUCUAAUGUGGAGAAGAACACUCCUCUUCAUUGGGCUUGCCUCAAUGGGCACAUUGAAGUGGUUCAGAAUUUGAUUUUAGCGGGAGCAAGUGUAUCGGUUCUAACCAGCCACGAGCGGACUCCCAUGGACGAAGCAGUGAGUAAAGGGCAAAUGGAAUCCACUUCCUCUUUUGCACCCACGUUUCCCCUUACUUUACAACCCAUGUGCACCUUUUUGACAUCCCUGAGGUUCAUUCCAACCCUUGCUGAGAUAACCUUUUCCUUUGGGACACUGCUGAAAGGGAAUCACAAGUUUAAAUGGUUGCAAGAACAUCAGCAGGCAUUUGAUAUGGUGAAGAAAGCACUUACAAUGCUUGCCCUACAACCCAACAAGCCUCUGCUACUGUACCUGACGUCUACACCUCGGUCUAUUGGGGCUCUACUUGUCCAAGACAUAGAUGGCAUUGAGAAGCCAGUUUAUUACAUUAGUCGCAGUGUCAAUGGUGUUGAGUCGCGAUAUACCCCAAUUGAGAGGCAUUGUUUAGCCUUAAUCUUCACAGAGCGGAAGUUGCGCCACUAUUUUUUGGCACACCCAAUCCAUGUUGUGACCUCGGAGUGA